UCGUCCCCACAGACGGCCGAGCGUUGCGGGCCCCGAGGCCGGUCUCCCGCGCACCGGGAGCCAGGACGGGGCGCGAUGAGGCGCAGCAAGGCUGACGUGGAGCGGUACAUCGCCUCGGUGCAGGGCUCUGUCCCGUCGCCCCGAGAGAAGUCAAUGAAAGGAUUCUAUUUUGCGAAGCUGUACUACGAAGCUAAAGAAUAUGAUCUUGCUAAAAAAUAUGUAUGUACAUAUAUUAAUGUACAAGAGAGGGAUCCCAAGGCUCACAGAUUUCUGGGUCUUCUUUAUGAAGUGGAGGAAAACAUAGACAAAGCUGUUGAGUGUUACAAGCGUUCAGUGGAAUUAAACCCAACACAAAAAGAUCUUGUAUUGAAGAUUGCAGAAUUGCUUUGUAAAAAUGAUGCCACAGAUGGAAGAGCAAAAUAUUGGGUUGAAAGAGCAGCUAAACUUUUCCCAGGAAGUCCUGUAAUUUAUAAACUAAAGGAACAGCUUUUAGAUUGUAAAGGUGAAGAUGGAUGGAAUAAACUUUUUGACUUGAUUCAGUCAGAACUUUAUGCAAGACCUGAUGAUGUCCAUGUGAACAUCCGACUAGUAGAACUGUAUCGGUCCAACAAGAGACUGAAGGAUGCUGUGGCCCAUUGCCAUGCGGCAGAGAGAAACAUAGCUUUGCGUUCAAGUUUGGAAUGGAAUUCGUGUGUUGUGCAGACCCUUCAGGACUAUCUGGAAUCUUUAGAGUGUGUGGACUCUGAUAAAAGUGACUGGGGAACGACCAAUAGAGACUUACUUCUGGCCUAUGCUAACCUUAUGUUUCUUACACUUUCCACUAGAGAUGUGCAGGAAUGUAGAGAAUUACUGGAAAGUUUUGAUAGUGCUCUUCAGUCUGUGAAAUACUCUGUGGGCAGAAAUGAUGAGCUCUCAGCGGCUUUCUUAGAAAUGAAAGGGCAUUUCUACAUGCAUGCUGGUUCUCUGCUUUUGAAGAUGGCUCAGCAUAGUGAUGUACAAUGGCGAGCUCUCUCUGAGCUGGCUGCACUGUGCUAUCUCAUAGCAUUUCAGGUUCCAGGCCCAAAGAUUAAACUCAUAAAAGGAGAAGCUGGACAAAAUCUAUUGGAAAUGAUGACCUAUGAUCGUCUGAGCCAAUCAGGGCACAUGCUACUAAACUUAAGUCGUGACAAGCAAGAUUUUUUAAAAGAGGUUGUGGAAUCCUUUGCCAAUAAGAGUGGGCAGUCUGCUUUAUAUGAUGCUCUGUUUUCUAGUCAGUCCUCUCAGGAUAGAUCUUUCCUUGGUAGUGAUGACAUUGGAUACAUUGAUGUUAAAGCACCGGAGCCUGUUGAGUUGGCUAGAUACGACGUUGGUGCUGUUCGAGCCCAUAAUGGCAGCCUUCAGCACCUUACCUGGCUUGGCCUACAGUGGAGUUCACUGCCCACCUUACCGGCAGUUCGAAAGUGGCUGAAACAGCUUUUUCAUCAUUUGCCCCAGGAAACCUCAAGACUUGAGACAGAUGCACCUGAAUCAAUAUGUAUUUUAGAUCUUGAAGUAUUUCUACUUGGAGUAAUAUAUACAAGCCGCUUACAAUUAGAAGAGAGAUGUAAUUCUCACUGCAAUUCCUAUCAGCCACUUUGCUUACCACUUCCUGUGUGUAGACAGCUUUGUACAGAAAGGCAAAAAUCUUGGUGGGAUGCAGUUUGUAAUCUGAUUCAUAGAAAAGUGAUACCUGGAACCUCGGCAAAACUGCGACUUCUGGUCCAGCAUGAGAUAAACACCCUAAGGGGUCAGGAGAAACAUGGCCUUCAACCUGCUCUACUUAUAUACUGGGCAAAAUGUCUUCAGAGAAUGGGCAGCGAGCUUAAUUCUUUUUAUGAUCAACGGGAAUACAUAGGCAGAAGUGUUUAUUACUGGAAGAAAGUAUUGCCAUUAUUGAAGACAAUCAAAAAGAAGACUAGUAUUCCUGAACCUAUUGAUCCUCUGUUCAAACAUUUUCAUAGUGCAGACAUACAGAUAUCUGAAAUUGGGGACUAUGAGGAGGAAGCACACAUAACAUUCGCUGUAUUGGAUGCAGUUAAUGGAAAUAUAGAUGAUGCUUUGACCGCUUUUGAAUCUAUAAAAACUGUUGUUUCUUAUUGGAAUCUUGCCCUGAUUUUUUACAGGAAAGCAGAAGACAUUGAAAAUGAUGCACUUUCACCUGAAGAACAAGAAGAAUGCAAAAAUUAUUUGAGAAAGACGAGGGACUACCUAAUAAAGAUUUUAGAUGAUAGUGAUUCAAAUCCUUCAGUGAUUAAGAAAUUACCUGUGCCUCUGGAGUCUGUAAAGGAGAUGCUUAAUUCAGUCAUGCAAGAACUUGAAGAUUAUAGUGAAGGAGGUCUUCUUUAUAAAAAUGGUUCUUUGCGAAAUGCGGAUUCAGAAAUAAAACAUUCUACACCAUCUCCCACCAAAUAUUCUCUGUCACCAAGUAAAAGUUAUAAGUAUUCUCCCAAAACACCACCUCGAUGGGCAGAAGAUCAAAAUUCUUUACUGAAAAUGAUCUGUCAACAAGUAGAAGCUAUUAAGAAAGAAAUGCAGGAAUUGAAACUAAAUAGCAGUAACUCAGCGUCCUCUCAUCGUUGGCCCACAGAAAAUUAUGGACCAGACUCAGUGCCUGAUGGAUAUCAAGGAUCACAGACUUUUCAUGGAGCUCCACUAACAGUUGCAACUACUGGCCCUUCACCAUAUUAUAGUCAGUCACCAGCAUAUAAUUCCCAGUAUCUUCUCAGACCAGCAGCUAAUGUUACUCCCACAAAGGGUCCAGUUUAUGGCAUGAAUAGGCUUCCACCCCAACAGCACAUGUAUGCCUAUCCUCAACAGAUGCACACACCACCAGUGCAAAGCUCAUCUGCUUGUAUGUUCUCUCAAGAGAUGUAUGGUCCUCCGCUGCGUUUUGAGUCUCCUGCAACAGGAAUUUUAUCACCCAGGGGCGAUGAUUACUUUAAUUACAGUGUUCCGCAGACAAGCACAAAUCCACCUUUGCCAGAACCAGGUUAUUUCACAAAACCUCCAGUUGUAGCUCCCGCUUCAAGAUCUGCAGAAUUUGGAAAAUGUAAUUUUGUUCAGCCCAUUCCAGGUGAAGGAAUAAGGCAAUCUUUAACAACACCAGCACAGCCAACACAGCCAACUCCUUUUAAAUUUAACUCAAAUUUCAAAUCAAAUGAUGGUGACUUCACGUUUUCCUCACCACAGGUUGUAACGCAGUCCUCUUCUACAGCUUACAAUAGCAGUGAAAGCCUCUUAGGGCUCCUAACUUCAGAUAAACCUUUGCAGGGAGAUGGCUAUAGUGGACCAAAACCUAUUUCUGGUCAGAACAUUGGACCUCGGAAUACAUUCAAUUUUGGAAGCAAAAAUGUGUCUGGAAUUUCAUUUACAGAAAACGUGGGGCCAAAUCAGCAAAAGAAUUCAGGUUUUUGCCGAAGUGAUGAUAUGUUUACAUUCCAUGGUCCGGGGAAAUCGGUAUUUGGGACACCUGUUCCAGAGUUAGCAAGCAAGAAUCAUGAAGCAGAUGGAGGAAGUGCCCAUGGGGAUGAAGAUGAUGAUGGCCCUCACUUUGAGCCUGUGGUACCUCUCCCCGAUAAGAUUGAAGUAAAAACUGGGGAGGAAGAUGAGGAAGAAUUCUUUUGCAAUCGUGCAAAAUUGUUCCGUUUUGAUACAGAAUCCAGAGAAUGGAAGGAACGGGGCAUUGGCAAUGUAAAAAUACUAAGGCAUAAAACAUCUGGUAAAAUUCGCCUCCUAAUGAGACGGGAGCAGGUAUUGAAGAUCUGUGCAAACCAUUACAUAAGCCCAGACAUGAAACUGGCCCCAAAUGCUGGAUCAGACAAAUCUUUUGUAUGGCAUGCUCUUGAUUAUGCAGAUGAGUCACCAAAACCAGAACAACUCGCUAUUAGAUUCAAAACUCCGGAGGAAGCAGCACUUUUUAAGUGCAAGUUUGAAGAGGCCCAGAGCAUUUUAAAAGCCUCAGGAGCAAAUGUAACCGCAUCAACAAACCAGACUGUCAGAAUUGUAAAAGAACCCACAGGUCACGAUAACAAGGAUAUUUGCAAAUCUGAUGCUGGAAAUUUGAAUUUUGAAUUUCAGGUUGCGAAGAAAGAAGGGCCUUGGUGGCAUUGUAAUAGGUGCUCCGUGAAGAACGCUGCAACUGCUAAGAAAUGUGUAUCAUGCCAAAAUCUAAACCCAAAUAAUAAAGAGCUCCUUGGCCCACCGUUAGUUGAAUCCAUUCCCACUCUUAAAACUGGCCUAGAAAGUACGCAAGAUAAGUUUGCGUUGACUCCAAAGAAAGCAGGUCACUGGGACUGUAAUAUUUGUUCAGUAAGAAAUGAACCUACUGCAACCUACUGUAUCGCAUGCCAGAAUACAAAGCUGCCUAGCAAAAGUGGAUCUUCAUUUGUCCAGCCAUCUUCCUUUAAAUUUGGCCAGGGAGAUCUUCCUAAGUGUGUUAGCAGUGAUUUCAGAUCAGCCUUUUCUGCCAAGGAAGGACAGUGGGAUUGCAGUGUAUGCUUUGCACUAAAUGAAGGAAACUCUACAAAAUGUGUUACUUGUCAGAAUUCAAGAAAACAGAGUCAACCUAGUUACAUUUCAGCACCUGCCUCUUUUAAGUUUGGUUCUUCAGAGACAAGCAAGGCUCCAAACAGUGGUUUUGAGGACAUGUUUACUAAGAAGGAAGGACAGUGGAAUUGCAGUGUUUGCUCAGUACAGAAUGAAGCAAGUGCUGCCAAAUGUGUUGUUUGUCAGAAUCCAAGUAAACAGAAUCAGCCUGCUGCUGUUCCAGCACCUGCCUCUUUUAAGUUUGGUACUUCAGAGACAAGCAAGGCUCCAAAGAGUGGAUUUGAGGGAGUGUUCAUCCAGAAGGAAGGACAGUGGGAUUGUAGCGGAUGCUUAAUACGAAAUGAAGCAAGUGCUGCCAAAUGUGUUGCUUGUCAGAAUCCAAGGAAACAGAAUCAACCUACUUCUGCUGUUCCAACACCUUCCUCUUUUAAGUUUGGUACUUUAGAGACAAGCAAGGCUCCGAAGAGUGGAUUUGAGGGAGUGUUCACCAAGAAAGAAGGGCAGUGGGAUUGUACCGCAUGCUUAAUACGAAAUGAAGCAAGUGCUGCCAAAUGUGUUGCUUGUCAGAAUCCAAGGAAACAGAAUCGGCUGGCUUCCGUUCCAGCACCUGGCUCUUCAGAGACAAGCAAGGCUCCAAAGAGUGGAUUUGAGGGAGUGUUCACCAAGAAAGAAGGGCAGUGGGAUUGUACCUCAUGCUUAAUGCAAAAUGAAGCAAGUGCUGCCAAAUGUGUUGCUUGUCAGAAUCCAAGGAAACAGAAUUGGCCGGCUUCCGUUCCAGUACCUGCCUCUUCGGAGACAAGCGAGGCUCCAAAGAGUGGAUUUGAGGGAGUGUUCACCAAGAAGGAAGGACAGUGGGAUUGUAGCGUAUGCUUAAUACGAAAUGAAGCAAGUGCUGCCAAAUGCGUUGCUUGUCAGAAUCCAAGUAAACAGAAUCGGCCUGCUUCCGUUCCAGCACCUGGCUCUUCAGAGAUAAGCAAGGCUCCAAAGAGUGGAUUUGAGGGAGUGUUCACCAAGAAGGAAGGACAGUGGGAUUGUAGCGUAUGCUUAAUACGAAAUGAAGCAAGUGCUGCCAAAUGCGUUGCUUGUCAGAAUCCAAGUAAACAGAAUCAGCUUGCUUCCGUUCCAGCACCUGGCUCUUCAGAGAUAAGCAAGGCUCCAAAGAGUGGAUUUGAGGGAGUGUUCACCAAGAAGGAAGGACAGUGGGAUUGUAGCGUAUGCUUAAUACGAAAUGAAGCAAGUGCUGCCAAAUGCGUUGCUUGUCAGAAUCCAAGUAAACAGAAUCAGCCUGCUUCCGUUCCAGCACCUGGCUCUUCAGAGACAAGCAAGGUUCCAAAGAGUGGAUUUGAGGGAGUGUUCACCAAGAAGGAAGGACAGUGGGAUUGUAGUGUUUGCUCUGUACGAAAUGGGAGUUCUUCCUUAAAAUGUGUGGCUUGUGAUGCCGCUAAAUCAACUCACAAACCUACCUCAGAAGCUCCUUCAGCUUUCACGUUGGGUACAAAAACUAAGUUAAAUGACUCGGCUAGAAGUCAGGUAGGCACAGGAUUUAAAACGGACUUUUCAGAAAAAGGUUUUAAAUUUGGCAGUAUAGAGCAAGGUUUUAAAUUUGGACAUGUGGAUCAAGAAAGUACACCUUCAUUUACAUUUCAGGGUUCUUCUAAUAAUGAAUCUAAGUCAACAAAAGAAGGAUUUAAUUUUUCCAUCCCUGUGUCUGCUGAUGGAUUUAAAUUUGGCAUUCAGGAGUCAGGAAAUCAAGAGAAGAGUGAAAACGAAAAACCCUCUGAAAGUGACACUGGUUUCCAGGCUCAAGAUGUCAGUAGCCAGAAGAAUGGGAGUGGUUUGAUUUUUGGUCAGACUAGUAGUACUUUUAGCUUUGCAGAUCUUGCAAAAUCAACGUCAGGGGAAGGAUUUCAAUUUGGCAAAAAAGAUCCCAAUUUCAAGGGGUUUUCAGGUGCUGGAGAAAAGUUAUUUUCAUCACAGAGUGGUAAAAUGGUUGAUAAAGCCAGCACUUCUCCUGACCUUGAGAAGGACCAUGAUACCUACAAGACUGAGGACACUGAUGACAUCCAUUUUGAACCAGUGGUUCAGAUGCCUGAAAAGGUGGAACUUGUAACAGGGGAAGAAGAUGAAAAAGUUCUUUACUCACAGAGGGUAAAAUUAUUUAGAUUUGAUGCUGAGAUAAGUCAGUGGAAAGAAAGGGGCCUGGGGAACUUAAAAAUUCUCAAAAAUGAAGUCAAUGGCAAACUACGAAUGCUGAUGCGAAGAGAACAAGUACUAAAAGUCUGUGCUAAUCAUUGGAUAACCACUACGAUGAACCUGAAGCCUCUCUCUGGGUCAGACAGAGCAUGGAUGUGGCUAGCUAGUGAUUUUUCUGAUGGUGAUGCCAAGCUAGAGCAGCUGGCAGCAAAAUUUAAAACACCAGAACUGGCUGAAGAAUUCAAGCAGAAAUUUGAAGAAUGUCAGAGACUUUUAUUAGAUAUACCACUUCAAACUCCUCAUAAGCUUGUCGAUACUGGCCGAGCUGCCAAGUUAAUACAGAGAGCCGAAGAAAUGAAGAGUGGACUGAAAGAUUUCAAAACGUUUUUGACAAAUGAUCAAACAAAAGUUACUGAUGAAGGGAGUACAAGUUCAGGUUCAGGUGCCGUCGGUGCUUCAGACACAGCAAUUAAGGCCAAUCCUGAAAGCACUGGGCCUACGUUAGAGUGGGAUAACUAUGAUUUAAGAGAGGAUGCUUUGGAUGACAGUGUAAGUAGUAGCUCAGUACAUGCUUCUCCAUUGGCAAGUAGCCCCGUGAGAAAGAACCUCUUCCGCUUUGGUGAGUCAACAACAGGCUUUAACUUCAGUUUCAAAUCUGCUUUGAGUCCGUCUAAGUCCCCUGCCAAGCUGAAUCAGAGUGGGACUUCAGUUGGCACGGAUGAAGAAUCUGAUGUUACUCAAGAAGAAGAAAGAGAUGGACAGUACUUUGAACCCGUUGUACCUUUGCCUGAUCUAGUCGAAGUAUCCAGUGGUGAGGAAAAUGAACAAGUUGUUUUUAGUCACAGAGCAAAACUUUAUAGGUAUGAUAAAGAUGUUGGUCAAUGGAAAGAAAGGGGUAUUGGCGAUAUAAAGAUUUUACAGAAUUAUGAUAACAAGCAAGUUCGCAUAGUGAUGAGAAGAGACCAGGUAUUAAAACUUUGUGCCAAUCACAGAAUAACUCCAGACAUGACCUUGCAAACCAUGAAAGGGACAGAAAGAGUGUGGGUGUGGACAGCAUGUGAUUUUGCAGAUGGAGAAAGAAAAGUAGAACAUUUAGCUGUCCGUUUUAAACUGCAGGAUGUUGCAGACUCAUUUAAGAAAAAUUUUGAUGAAGCAAAAAUAGCUCAAGAAAAAGAUUCUUUGAUUACACCUCAUGUUUCUCGUUCGACCACUCCCAGAGAGUCACCAUGUGGCAAAAUGGCUGUAGCUGUGUUAGAAGAAACUACAAGAGAAAGGACAGAUUUAAUUCAGGGUGACGAUACAGCAGAUGCAGCUUCAGACGUUGGAGAAGUAUCUAGCACGUCUGAAGCGACAACAAAAGCAGUGGUUUCUCCUCCGAAGUUUGUCUUUGGUUCCGAGUCUGUUAAAAGCAUUUUUAGUAGUGAAAAAUCAAAGCCAUUUGCAUUUGGCAACAGUUCAGCCACUGGGUCUUUGUUUGGAUUUAGUUUUAAUGCACCUUUGAAAAAUAACAGUAGUGAAACUAGUUCAGUAGUCCAGAGUGGACCUGAAAGAAAAGUGGAAUCUAACAAAUGUGAACCGUCGAAGAACUCUGAUACCGAAGAAUCUUCAGAUGGCAAAGCCAGAACUCUCUUUGCUCCCUCUCCAAAGGAGGAAACCUCCACUAACUACGUAUUUAAGACGCCAGAAAAGGGGUUUAAUUUUAGCCUUUUUAAAUCUAAUCCAAUGGCUUUUUGGACCAGCACCCCAUCCUCACAGCCUGAGAGCAAAGUAGAAGAGAAGAAAAAAUCAGAAGAUCCUCCUUCAGAUGAUGAAAUUUGCAUUGUAUAUGAGUUAACUCCAACCCCUGAGCAAAAAGCCCUUGCAAGCAAACUUAAACUUCCUCCAACUUUCUUCUGUUAUAAGAAUAAACCAGAUUAUGUUAGUGAGGAAGAAGAGGAUGAUGAAGAUUUUGAAACAGCUGUCAAGAAACUGAAUGGAAAACUAUAUUUGGAUGAUUCAGAAAAAUGUAGGCCACCAGAAGAAAAUCAAGCAGAUAAUGAGAAAGAAUGUGUUAUUGUUUGGGAAAAGAAACCAACAAUUGAAGAGAAAGCAAAAGCAGAUACAUUAAAGCUUCCACCUACUUUUUUCUGUGGAGUAUGCAGUGAUACUGAGGAGGACAAUGGAACUGGGGAAGACUUUCAAUCAGAGCUUCAAAAAGUUCAGGAAGCUCAAAAAUCCCAUGGUGAGGAACUGACUGAAGUGACUAGCACAACCAACAGUGUGUGUACUGGUGGGACUACAGCAACCAUUCCAUUUUUCCAUAAAUCUGAAGAAUCCGAGUCUGUGACCAAAUCUGUUAGUUCAGCACCUAUUUCCUCUGGAACUGAGGACAAACCUGUAGAUUUGUCUACUAAGAAGGAAAAUGAUGCAGAUUCUACAAGUCAGGUGGAAAGCAAAACAGUUCCAUUUGGGUUUGGAAGUAGCACAGGGCUAUCAUUUGCAGACUUGGCUUCCAGUACUUCUGGGGAUUUUGCUUUUGGCUCUAAAGAUAAAAAUUUCCAGUGGGCAAAUACUGGAGCAGCUGUGUUUGGAACACAGUCAGCCAGUAAAGUUGGUGAAGAUGAAGAUGGUAGUGAUGAAGAAGUAGUUCAUAAUGAAGAUAUUCAUUUUGAACCUAUAGUGUCAUUACCAGAGGUAGAAGUAAAAUCUGGAGAAGAAGAUGAAGAAAUUUUAUUUAAAGAGAGAGCCAAACUUUAUAGAUGGGAUCGAGAUGUCAGUCAGUGGAAAGAGCGUGGUGUUGGAGAUAUAAAGAUUCUUUGGCACACGAUGAAGAAUUAUUAUCGGAUCCUAAUGAGAAGAGACCAGGUUUUUAAAGUGUGUGCGAACCACGUUAUUACCAAAACGAUGGAAUUAAAACCCUUGAAUGUUUCAAAUAAUGCUUUAGUUUGGACAGCCUCAGAUUAUGCUGAUGGAGAAGCAAAAGUGGAACAACUUGCAGUGAGAUUUAAAACUAAAGAAAUGGCUGAUUGUUUUAAGAAGAAAUUUGAAGAAUGCCAACAGAAUUUAUUGAAACUGCAGAAAGGACAGGUGUCACUUGCAGCAGAGUUAUCCAGGGAAACAAAUCCUGUGGUGUUUUUUGAUGUUUGUGCAGAUGAUGAACCUCUAGGACGAAUAACCAUGGAAUUAUUUUCAGACAUUGUUCCUCAAACUGCUGAGAACUUCAGAGCACUGUGCACUGGAGAGAAGGGCUUUGGUUUCAAGAACUCCAUUUUCCACAGAAUAAUUCCAGAUUUUGUUUGCCAGGGGGGAGAUAUCACCAAACACGAUGGAACAGGAGGACGGUCCAUUUAUGGAGAUAACUUUGAAGAUGAAAAUUUUAAUGUGAAACAUACUGGUCCUGGUUUAUUAUCAAUGGCCAAUCGGGGCCGGGAUACCAAUAAUUCUCAAUUUUUCAUAACACUGAAAAAAGCAGAACAUUUGGACUUUAAGCAUGUAGUGUUUGGGUUUGUUAAGGAUGGCAUGGAUACCGUGAAAAAGAUUGAGUCGUUUGGUUCUCCUAAAGGGUCUGUUAGCCGAAGAAUUAGAAUCACAGACUGUGGACAGAUAUAAAAUCAUUGUUUUGCAUAGUAAAUUUUAUCUGUAUCAACAGUUAAAUUGAAGCUUAGCUGUUACAGACAAUAUAGUAAUUAUGUUCAGCUUUUGAAAAUGGACGUUUCCAAUGUAUAAAUGUAAAAUUGCAGCUUAUAGCUGUUGUCAUUUUUUAAUGUUCUAAUUGCCCUUGCAUGGUGUGAAAUAAAAGUUUAAACACUGGUGUA